UCUAGACAAGGUGUCAAAAUGAAUGAAAAUGAAGACUACCAAGAGAUACAAUAAAAAGAAAAAAAUGGAUCACAAGUUGUAAAAAACUAGGUGGAAUGGAGAAUUGGCUUCCACUUGACACUGCAGCUUCAUGCGAAUAUUGGACCAGUACAUAAUACUACUACUACUACUACUGGCAGUGAAUAACGGAACGCAGCCCGAGUCGGCCCUUUCUCUCGCGAACCGUCGAAGCGAGCACACGUGCCGAACGAUUAGAGCGGUGAAUCCACGUGGCGAAGAAUUCCACACCACGAACGGAUUUGUGCACAAAUCGACUAAGUUUUCUGAAAGUCAUAGGAAAAGAAUCACUGGACAUUCCUAUAUUUCGCAAGGAAACAAGUUCCGAUUACACGUUAGACAAGCGAAACGCGAGGACUGGAGGAAAAUCAAAUCUGAUCAUUGUAUUCUAUUGGCCAUAACAUUUGCCAUGCGAAAAGGAAAUUUAUCGACUUCUGCUUGUGAAGAGAGGGACAGAGGGUCUCUAUUCCGCCGUCUGGUCGUAUCAACCCGUAUGGGGAUCGGGUGCCAUACAAAAAAGAAGAAGAAGAAGUCUAUUCCGCCGAAAUUACCAGCGCUAUCUUACGUCUGAGUGAUACUUUAGCUUAUAUAUAUCCCGUACUAUCCGUCAUAAUUUCAAAUCAAGCAAGUAGUUCGGCAGUGAAUCAUUCGCGAUAACAUAUCAGGUUCAGCAAUAAUCACGUACGAACAACGUGCGAAUAUAAAACUUUGUGCUAAAUUAGCUGUGACGCCGGACGAUACAUGUAUAUUGAUACAGCAAGCUUUCAAAAUUGCAUUUGGGCCACAAACAACAGCGACUAAAACGAUUAAAAAUUGGUGUGCGACUUUUAAACAAGAUCAAGAAAACAUAUAUACUAGCAUCGAUGGUUACCGUAUUUUUAAAGACAAAGUCGUCGAAUUCCAUAACUUUCGUACAUGCAAUACAUCAUUUGCAUGGUUUACUACUAAACUAUCCCUAAAUAAUACUCAGCUUGAAUACAUUUUAUCCGAAAUUAAUAAAAUUGAAAUGUAUGGCCAUGUCGUGCCACGCUAGCUAACCAGAGAAGAAAACCAGGCACGCUACGAUUAUUGCCGCACAUUAUUAACAAGUGCGGGAUAAAUCCCGGAUUCCUGGAUAGACUUGUCGUUGGAUGCAAGUUAUGGGUAUUCAAAUCCGAGAUGACUUCAUCCACACCA